GUAGUCCAGAUUAUAAUUUGAGGACAGAAAAAUGGCUUCAACAUCUAUCUCAGUGGGUGCCAAAGGUAAACACUUUGGCAAACGUUAAGUUCCGAGGACCAAAGCUGCUCUGAGGCACUGGAGGAGCCAGGCCUUUAGGAAUCUUCCAGAGACGCCUUAAAUGGAGCUGGCGGGAAGCUCGCCGCGCCAGGGCGGGCGGAGGAGUGCAGAACGUGCAGCUUCCAGGAUUUCCUCCUCCCCGGGAACCGGGCCGACCAGUUCCCGCCGCUGCCUUCCCGCCUCCACCGCUCCCUCUGCAGGCCCAGGGCCCCCACGCCGCGCGCCUUCUUCCCCGGCGCCCGGCCCGGCCCGGCUUCUCUCGGCCGGCGGCUGGGGCCGGGGUCCCGGUCCGGGAGGCGGGAGGUGGGAGACCGCGCUCGCUCGGGGUUUCCAGGUGAAGGGGGAGAAAACAGCCGGUCAGUCGAGGCAGAGCCGAGCGGGCGGGGCGAGGGCGGAGGGCACAUUGCUUCAUCCUGUACAUUUUACUGGAAACCGGGCGCAUCCGGAGGAGGGGCUGGGAGGCGGCCCCGACGCCGCCAAUGGCCCGGCCGGGCUCGGGGGUGGCAGGCGAGGCUGCGAUCCUCCCCCUCCAGCUCCUGGAGGCCGGUUAAAUACCGGGCAGUCCCGGGCCGCGCCCAUGCCCGCGCCAUCCCCCUGCCGGCAGGUCCCCGAGCCCGUCAGAGCCACAGCCGGGAGGCAGUCGUGCGCAGCGAGCGGGUGGCGCAGGAGUCUGGGGUCCCCGAGCGCCCAGCCCGGGAGCAUGAUCGUGGACAAGCUGCUGGACGACAGCCGCGGCGGAGAGGGGUUGCUGGACGCGGCCGGCGACGGUGGCCUCAUGACCAGCCCGCUGAACCUGGCCUACUUCUACGGCGCAUCGCCCCCGGCCGCGGCCCCGGGCGCCUGCGACGCCAUCUGCUCGUCGUCGGGGCCCUCCGCUCCCGGCUCGCCCGGCUCGGACUCCUCCGACUUCUCCUCCGCCUCGUCCGUGUCCUCCUGCGGGGCCGUGGAGUCCCGGCCGAGAGGUGGCGCGCGCGCCGAGCGGCUGCAAGUUGAGCCCCAUAUGGGGGUUGGAAGGCAGCAGAGAGGACCCUUUCAAGGUGUUCGUGUGAAGAACUCAGUGAAGGAACUCCUGUUGCAUAUCCGAAGUCAUAAACAGAAGGCUUCUGGCCAAGCUGUGGAUGAUUUUAAGACCCAAAGUGUGAACAGAGAGCAAUUCACAGAAUUGAAGAACACAGUAUCAUAUAGUGGAAAAAGGAAAGGACCUGAUUCAUUGUCUGAUGGACCAGUUUGCAAAAGGCCAGCUUUAUUACAUACCCAGUUUUUGACACCACCUCAAACACCAACACCCGCAGAGAGCAUGGAAGAUGCUCAUCACAGUGAAUCCAAACAGGACAGCAGUGCUGAUCUGCUUCAGAACAUAAUCAACAUUAAGAAUGAAUGCAGCCCAGUUUCCCUGAAUACUGUCCAAGUUAGUUGGAUGAGCCCUGUGGUGGUCCCUCAGGGCUCUCCCCAAGAACAGUGUCAGGACUUCCACAGAGGGCAGGUCUUCUCGCCACCUCAGAAACACCAACCAUUCCAAGUCAGCAGCUCCCCACACAUGGUGGAUCAGACGUCCCUGUACCAGUAUUCUCCACAGAGCCAGAACUUGCAGCCACAGCACUACACCCACAACCCAACUCUGGAAUACAGUCCUUAUUCCAGAACGUCCCAGUCCCCCAAUUAUGAACCAAACCUCUUUGAUGGUCAAGAACCACAGUUCUGCCCAGAUCAAAGUUUUGCAUCCCUUCUGAGUAGUCAGGAAUCUGAGAAUAUUGCUGUUCCCAUUCAGAAUUCCCCCAGUGUUCAGCAACAGAAUGACGCACACCUGCAGAACUUCAACAUGAUGCCACAUGGCGCCUGUGAGGCCGUGAUGGGGCAUGACGCAGGCUCUACCCCUUUAGGCACUUCACUGCCAUUCCCAAACAUCAUCGGAAAUCCAAUGAACACCACACAGUUAGGGAAGUCAUUUUUCCAGUGGCAAGUAGAACAGGAAGAAAGCAAAUUGGCAAAUAUCUCUCAAGAUCAGUUUCUUUCAAAGGAUGCAGAUGGUGACACGUUCCUCCAUAUUGCCGUCGCCCAAGGGAGAAGGGCACUUUCCUAUGUCCUCGCAAGAAAGAUGAAUGCGCUUCAUAUGUUGGAUAUUAAAGAGCACAAUGGACAGAGCGCCUUUCAGGUGGCAGUGGCUGCCAAUCAGCAUCUCAUUGUGCAGGAUCUGGUGAACCUUGGGGCCCAGGUGAACACAACCGACUGCUGGGGAAGAACCCCUCUGCAUGUCUGUGCUGAGAAAGGUCACUCUCAGGUGCUUCAGGCAAUUCAGAAGGGAGCAGUGAAGAGCAAUCAGUUUUUGGAUCUUGAGGCAACUAACUAUGAUGGCCUGACUCCUUUACACUGUGCGGUCGUGGCCCACAAUGCGGUGGUGCAUGAACUGCAGAGAAAUCAACAGCCCCAUUCACCUGAAGUUCAGGAGCUUUUGCUGAAGAAUAAGAGUCUGGUUGACACCAUUAAAUGUCUGAUUCAAAUGGGAGCAGCAGUGGAAGCAAAGGAUCGUAAAAGUGGUCGCACAGCCUUGCAUUUGGCAGCUGAAGAAGCAAACUUGGAACUCAUUCGCCUUUUUCUGGAGCUGCCCAGCUGCCUGUCUUUUGUGAAUGCGAAGGCUUACAAUGGAAACACUGCCCUCCAUGUUGCUGCCAGCCUUCAGUAUCGGGUGACACAGUUGGAUGCAGUCCGCCUGUUGAUGAGGAAGGGAGCAGACCCAAGUACUCGGAACUUGGAGAAUGAACAGCCAGUGCAUUUGGUUCCUGAUGGCCCUGUGGGGGAACAGGUGGGAGCUACAGAAGGGGCACUUAGUCUGAAACAUAAAGGAAGAUGCGGUUGUGCUGGUUAGAGGCGAGCUGGUGCUCUUUAGGCAGGCUCUGUCAGUGUCUGCGUCUCCCAGUGCCUUUGGUAGCAACUUUGGAGUCCAUUGCUUUGUUUCUAAAGGAAGAGGAAGAAAUUUUGGGGUUAUCCAUGGCCUCAAAAUGAUCAAAAGUCAGAUUGUCUUCUCUUCUGUAACACAAAGUUAGGUGUAGAGUCAGUCAGAAUGGUUUGAGGUUUUGGAAGCUGAUGAAAGAGGAGAUGCCAGGGCUCCUGCAGACAUCGAGGAAAGAGAGUCUUAGUUUUGGUGAGUGAUGGGUCUUCAGAUUGUGGGUAUGAAAUGAGUCAGUCCCUGUAGAGUGUUCAGAAUAGCCCAGGGACAUAGUGAGUGGUCAGUAAACAUUGGCCAUUACAGUUAUUUCUAUCUACUAACUGAUACUAAAUAGGAAAUGGAAGGUUGUUUAUGUAAUUCAGAACCUAGAAAUACUUUAAACACAGUUAUGCUUUAUUUCUAUGGUGAUACAUUAUCUUUGGAGAUUGAAGAGUUUCCCAUGACUCAACUUCUCUUGAUAACAAGAACUGAAUCUUUUCAGAACUUAAGAUACAUAUAUAUAUAUUUUAAAAUUUAUUUAUUUAUUUUGAGAGCGAGAGCGAGUGGGGGAGGGGCAUGGGGGAGGGGGGGAGAGAGAGAGUCCCAAACAGGCUCCAAAUUGUCAGUGCAGAGCCCGUUGCAGGGCCCCAUCUCACUGUGCGUGAGAUCAUGACCUGAGCCGAAAUCAAGAGUCGAACAUUUAACCGACUGAGCCACCCAUGUGCCCUAGAACUUAAGAUAUUUUUGAUGGAAAUCUUCCCCUGGGGUAAAUGAGGGUAACUGUGGCUACGGGCAGGUCAUUACAAACUUUGAUAAUAACAAAAUAAAACAUAUGGAAUGCAAUUUAGCCUUUUCUUUGAUUCAUAGCCCUCAUUAUGACCAUAAUGUUACAGGACUACAAAUGCUAUGCAAUGUUACAGCAUCUACAAAUGCUAUUUGUAGAGCUCUUGAUAACUUAAAGUGAAUUUCUUAAUAAUUUGUGAAGAGUUUUCAUGUAUGUUAUACCACUUCAUAGUUACAAAAACUUUGCAGUGUAAAGGUUCAGCUGAGAAAAUGGGGACUCAGAGAUCCCACAGACAGGAAUCCUCAUUGACUAGUAAAUGGCAGAGGCUUAAAGCCCAGUGUUUGCCUCUACUUCACUAUAUGUGGUAUGCAGUUAUACAGCGAUGUUUGUCAGACUGGUGUAUAAAUUUAAUCACUAGGCAUACAUUAUGCACAGAUGCUUUAAUUGGAUAUCAUGGCGGCUAUUCUCAUUUGAAGGGUAUUUGAAGAUUGACUUGUGUGUGUAUGAAGUGGGUUCUGUGUUCUUGUUAGUUCAAGCUGGUUUCAAAAUAGGUGAGAUACUGUAAUAUACCAUUGUUACUGCCUUGUAUUAAAUGUUCUCACAAAUAGCAGUAUUAGAGACUAGGAAAGGAUAUAGGUCUUAUUUAAGCUGUUGGAGAUUUUCAACUUUAAGUAGUUUUUUCUUUUUAAUAUUUACUUGUAUUUGAGAGAGAGAGUGAGAGAGCGAGCACGCUAAUGCGUGGGAGGGGGGGUGGGCAGAGAAAUGGAGACAGAAUCUGAAGCAGGCUCCAGGCUCUGAGCUGUCAGCCCAAAGCCCAACACAAGGCUCGAACCCACGAGCCAUGAGAUCACAACCUGAGUUGAAGUCGGAUGCUUAACUGAUUGAGCCACCCAGGUGCCCCUCAACAUUAGGUAGUUUUUAUUUUUUAUUUAUUUAUUUAUUUAAAUUUUUUUUAACGUUUAUUUAUUUUUGAGACAGAGAGAGACAGAGCAUGAAUGGGGCAGGGUCAGAGAGAGGGAGACACAGAAUCCGAAACAGGCUCCAGGCUUUGAGCUGUCAGCACAGAGCCCGACACGGGGCUCGAACUCACAGACCGUGAGGUCAUGACCUGAGCCAAAGUCGGCCGCUUAACCGACUGAGCCACCCAGGCGCCCCAACAUUAGGUAGUUUUUAAUGGAGAUGCUUUACUCUCUUGCACUCAAAGAUCAUUAUAGAUCUGUGAUAAGUCUUGAAAGGAGUUAUAGUAGU